AUGAUUAAUUUGGUCAGCUACUUUAGUCAGAUAUCAGCCACAGAGGUGCUUCUGGUCUCUGUGGUCUUUUCCGUGGUUGUCCUAAUCCUCAAAACUUACAACCAGAGGGUUCCUCGUGGUAUGAAGCGAAUGCCUGGGCCAUUUCCGCUGCCAUUAAUAGGAAAUAUCCUCUCCUUAAGCAAGAAUCCUCAUCUCAGUCUUAGCAAAAUGAGUGAGACUUAUGGAGAUGUGCUUCAAAUCCAGAUAGGCACAAAGCCUGUGCUGGUGCUGAGUGGACUGGAAACAAUCCGUCAGGCUUUGCUAAAGCAAGGUGAGGUGUUUAAGGGACGCCCUGACCUCUUUACCUUUCGCCUGAUUGGUGAUGGACAAAGUUUAACAUUUAAUCAAGAUUCUGGUGAGGUAUGGAAAGCUCGUCGCAGAUUGGCACAUAAUGCCCUUAAGACCUUUGCUAUUUCUCCCUCCCUCACAUCUUCUAGUACAUCUCUGGUAGAGGAACACAUAAGUAAAGAAGCAGAAUACCUUGUCAGAAAAUUCCAGCAGCUCAUUGAAGAACAAGGAGAAUUUGACCCCUAUAGGUACGUGGUGGUUUCUGUAGCCAAUGUCAUUUGUGCAAUGUGUUUCGGAAGACGCUACAACCACGAUGACCAAACCUUCCUUGACAUAGUCAACCUGACCGAUGAGUUUGGAGCAGCAGCUGCAUCAGGAAAUCCUGCAGAUUUUAUCCCUAUCCUUCAAUAUCUUCCAAGCCGGACCAUGAAAAGAUUUGUAGAUGUCAACAAAAAGUUUAUGAACUUCAUACAGAAGAUUGUUAAUGAGCAUUACCAAACUUAUGAUAAGAAUGCUGUUCGAGAUAUUACUGAUUCUCUAAUUCAACACUCUCAAGAGAAGAAAGUAGAUGAGAACUCCAAUGUGCAAAUAUCAGACCAGAAGAUUAUCAACAUUGUUAAUGACCUUUUUGGGGCUGGAUUUGACACUGUAACUACAGCCUUGUCAUGGUCUCUGACAUAUCUUGUGGCUAAUCCCAAAAUACAAGACAAAAUACAGAAUGAACUGGAUCAGGUCAUUGGCAGAGAACGAAGGCCCAAAUUGUCCGACAGAUCUCAGCUGCCUUACACAGAAGCCUUCAUUUUGGAGAUGUUCCGCCAUUCAUCCUUUCUACCUUUUACAAUUCCACAUUGUACCACCUCUGAAACUGUGCUCAAUGGAUACUUCAUACCCAAGGGAAUAUGCGUACUGAUCAACCAGUGGCAAGUGAAUCAUGACCCGAAAUUGUGGAAGGACCCAUUUAAAUUCAGCCCAGAACGCUUCCUAAAUGAAGAUGGCUUGUCACUAAACAAAACUGAGAUGGAAAAAGCCCUGAUUUUUGGUUUAGGCAAGAGAAGAUGUCUUGGUGAAGCCAUUGGCAGAGCAGAAGUUUUCCUGUUCCUUACAACUAUGCUCCAGCAGUUGCAAUUUUCAAUACAAGAUGUUGAAAAAUUGGAUAUGUCUCCCCAGUAUGGACUUACCAUGAAACUGAAGCGGCAUCAUGUGACUGCCAGACUGCGCUUUCCUAUGCUGGGUACUUAG